AUGUUGUCAUUAUUUAUCAAACAAAUAUGUCAAAAUAUUCGUUUAAAUCCUUCUAAUUCGAUUGUUUAUAUUCAAAAAUGUUUUAUAAGUCGAUUUUUAAUAGUUGACGAUGUACCUGAAGUUGAAAUAGAUAAUUCGGGUGAAUUUAAAUAUAUACAAGUUAGAGUGACAGAUAAAAAUAAUAAUAAUCAAUUGAAAUAUAUUGUAAGAGGAGAUGCCGGUUCAAAAUAUCAUGAUGAUAUUUUUAAAAAAUUAAAAGAAAAAAUUGAUGUCAAUAAUAUUUCAGUGGAAUGUAUUGGUGGUGGAAAAAUGAUUGUUGAUUCUACUAAAAAACAGAUAAAUGUAUUUGGAAAGUCUGAUGGUUUUGGUAAAGCUGAUCAUCAUAAAACGAUUGAAAUAUUGAAAAAGAAAUAUUCAAAUUGGUCAAUUGAGAUUGGCCAAAAUGAUAAAUAG